CAACAAGCUGUGAGCCUGUUUGGCAGCUGACGGAUCUGUUACUCAAAUUGGGGUGCCUGCUGCUGUCGCCAUCUUGCAUGCCAUGGGGAGCCCACCAGCCAAGAUGAAGUUCUGCCCCAUCCACAUGCUUUCUGUAAGAAUCAUACAAGCUAAGAACAUCAAAUCAAGAGACCUGUGGACAGUUCCAUUUUCCUGCCAAAACCUUGCGGGGCAAUGUUAUUCACUGCUUGAUACCAGUCUGAAGUAUUUAGGCAUCUUGGGAUGCAGUACACAUCAUCAGUCAAGUCCAGACUCCAGCUCUGAAAGACAUCACCUUGGAGAUUUCCUUUCACACCGUUGUCCAGCUUCACAAAUGACUGCAUCAGACUGCUACGUGCGCUUGUGGCUGCCGUCUGCUUCAAAUCGAAAGCUUCAGACCAAAACCAUCAAGAAUUCUGACAACCCUAUCUGGAACGAGACUUUCUACUUUAGGAUCCAGAGAGAAGUUGAGAACAUCUUAGAACUGGCAGUGUGUGAUGAAGAUCCACUCACCAAAGAUGACAUGCAGUUCACAGUUCUUUUUAAUAUUGCUAGAAUCAGACCAGGAGAGACAAUCCGUGAGACAUUUGCUUUGAAAUCAGAGAAAGAGACAUGUACUAGGAAAUGGGAAAGUUUAGAAGUGGAAUUCUGGAUGGAAAGAAUUCCUGGCCCUCCAGAGCACAUAAUUACCAAUGACGUCCUAGUGUCCCGUGAUCUCUGCUGCUUGGAAGUACAAGUGGACAUUAAUGAAAGCAGGAAAUAUCUGAAAGAGGGUAAAAAUCUCGUGCUUACCGUGCCUGAAUCUCAUGAGAGAAUACAGAAAACUACAGAGGACAAAGACACUUUCUACUUCCAUUGCGUGAAGGCUUGGGAGCCAGUUCUGAAAAUCAGGCUGCAGAAAGUUUCUGAUAAGGAAUAUGAGGAUAGCAAUUUAAGUGACACCUUAACAGUUCCACUGAAAUUUCUCCCUGUUGGAUAUAAAGUGAAAAUAACCCUCCCUGUAAGAAAUAAUGUGCCACUGUAUUUGUACCUCCAACUAAAUGAUUGCACAGAAAAACUAGAUGUGCGCUUAGGCUAUGAUUUAUGCCGAGAAGAGCAAGAAUUCUUGCUAAAAAGGAAGAGAGUGGUUGCCAGUGCCCUGAAAAGGGUGCUUCAUCUGGAAAGAGAUCUACAUGGACACGAGGUCCCAGUAAUAGCUGUUAUGGCAACAGGCGGAGGCCUCAGAGCAAUGUCAGCUAUGUUUGGCCACCUCAUAGCUCUCCAGAAGCUUAAUCUGUUGGACUGUGUUACCUACGUCACUGGGGCUUCUGGCUCGACAUGGACCCUAGCAGACCUGUAUGAGCAUGCUGACUGGUCACAGAAGUCUCUAGAGGGGCCACUUCAGGCAGUAAAAGAACAAGUGACAAAAUGCAAGCUCAACCUUAUGUCUAUAGAACAUCUGAAGUAUUAUCACAAGGAACUUGCUGAAAGAGCAAAAGCAGGACAUGUGUCAUCUUUUACAACUCUGUGGUCCCUUGUUCAGGAAAUGUUUCUACAUGAACGGCCAAGAAAGUACAAACUCACAGAUCAGCGCAAAGCUUUGGAGCAUGGACAAAACCCAUUGCCUUUCUAUUCAGUCCUCAAUGUGAAAGAGGAAAAGUUCAGUACAUUCAGAUUUAGAGAGUGGACAGAGUUCUCUCCUUACGAGGUGUCCAUACCAAAAUAUGGAGCCUCGAUUCCUUCAGAAUACUUUGACAGUGAGUUCUUCAUGGGAAGGCGAGUGAAGAAGCUGCCAGAAUCUCGAAUCUGCUAUCUGGAAGGUCUUUGGACAAACAUCUUUACUAGGAAUUUGCUGGAUGGCUUGUACUGGUCCUCAAAUUCAAAUGAAUUCUGGGAACGAUGGGCCAAAGAUAUGGUAGAUAUAGAAAAGCAUUCCCCUGAGGAAGACAUCACUGUCAUCGAGCCUCCUUCUUGCUUGUCAGGGAAGCUGUAUGAGAUGUUCCAAGACAUUAUGACCAAGCGUCCACUUCUGGGAAAGUCCCAUAACUUCUUGAGAGGCUUAGAAUUUCAUAAGGAUUAUAUCCAUCAGAGAAAGUUUAUUGAAUGGAAAGACUCUGUGCUGGAUGCUUUCCCUAACAACCUGACACCGCUGCAGAAAUACCUUUGCCUGAUAGAUGUUGGCUAUUUCAUCAACACCAGUGGUGCAGGGCUUUUCAAGCCAGAGAGGAAUGUAGAUGUCAUUAUCUCACUUGAUUAUGGCUUGGGGAAUGUGUUCAAGCAAUUAGAGAUGACAUACAAAUACUGCAAGAUACAAAAAAUCCCGUUCCCAAAAGUGGAGAUAAGUAAAGAAGAAGAGAUGAACCCAAAGGAAUGUUACGUGUUUUCGGAUGCAGAGGACCCCAGAGCACCCAUAGUAAUCCAUUUCCCCCUGGUGAAUGACACCUUUAAGGAAUUCAAAGAGCCUGGGGUAAAGCGCUCUCUCUCAGAGAUGGAGGAAGGCAAAGUGAAUCUGGAUAACAGCUGCUCACCCUAUUACCUCAUUAGGCUAAUUUACUCAUCUGAAAACUUUGACAAGCUUGUGAACCUGAGCACAUACAACAUCCUCAAUAACAAAGACCUGCUCCUCCAGGCAAUCCGGAGUGCUGUAGAACGGAGGAGAAGCAGCAGGACUUGGAAUCUCCCCAGCUACUCUAGAGCUGGAUACCGCUAGGCUGGGUUUUUGCACUGUUCCCUACUGAAGGCAACAACAGUCACACUACAACACAUCACAGUCACAUUACAACAUGUCAUAGUCACAUCACAACACAUCACAGUGUUCAUUAUUUGCAAGAAACUGAGGAAACCUGUACAUUUCUCAUCUUGCCUUGUUCAAGUUCCUGGCUUUCAAAAGGGUUUAUUUAGGCUCCUUCCCCCAAUCUUUCAGACCACAAGAGCUUCACACUGCGGUCUUGCUUUGUUAAGAUAUUAGGGUCCUGGUUAGCAGAGAUCUUCCAGGAUCGACCUGAUGUUAUACAAUAUGGUGGUGGUGAUAGUGAUAGUUCUUCAGAGCCUGUUACCUCAAUCCUGAGCCUAUUGUCGGUGUCUUUUCAAUGCUUGGUUACAAAGCAACUCCUGGCCAUUUGCAUUCAGUGAUGUCCAGAUUUUCAGACGGGCUGAGCAACUAGAAUUUGCACUGAAUUGGUGGGCUCAGCUUUGAAGUCAGGCCAAAGAGUCAUAUUUAUCUGUGAACAACGGCCAAACUGCAACGUGAGCAAUUGCAUUCUGUCUGGCCAAUUACCUUUGCUGAUUUAGAAAUUAUUCCUUUUUUUUCCAUUCCUCUGCAAGAGCUUGGCACAGAAAGACUGCUCCAGACUGCCAUGAGGGGGGCAGUUACAUUUCAAGGAGAGAGGACAUUAGCUACAGAGAGGGAGUACAGUGCUUUUGAGCAUUAGCUGGAGGAAAAAUUCCGCACAAGGCAUGAGUGAUUAUAUUGAUUUAUAUGGGUAGUGCCUUCAUGCAUUAAAAUGUCAAAAGUCUGAAACAAGCUUUUGAUACCAGAAAUUCAAGGGGAAUAAUUACCAUAGACUCAAGUACAGUUAAUUUAAUAAGACAUAAGCUAGUGCUCCUUAUGUAUGUCAACUGAAUGCAGGAUAACAUAACUCACAGAAUGCACAGACAUUGUAUUUUCACACCCAGAAGAUUUUUUCCUGUUACAGUCUUCUACCCCUAA